AUCUUGUUGUUGUUGCUGCUGUUGGAAACGGUCGCGCCAGCAAUGGCGGCUCACUGAAAUCAUUCGUGGAUCCUCUACAGCAGACAUGAUUUGACUUCUUCGCCACAUUUACGGCAUAUAAUUUUUAGGACUGUUGUUUCCAGAAUGAAUUUGUCCAUAGUUCAACAGAAUGCCUGCAGGUCAAAGUGAUGUGAGAGCUAGAACAAAAGCUCGCUUUGACGAGGUGUUGAAGAGAUACACAAAUCCUCCCUCUGAGAAAAAGAAAGCCAAACAUGUCACCGACCAGUCCCAGGAAAUUAUUGUGCUUCAGAACUUGAAGAAGAACCUUGAUUUGAGUAAAGACACUGAAGAUGAUGAAGCUAUUAUCCAUAACACAUAUGAUCCAGCUCAGGGCAGUCCUAGAUACACCAAAAACAGGCGCAGAGAGAGGGAAGCAUCGGAAAAGACCAACAUCAACAAUGCUGUAAGUGAGGAGGAGUCCACGCAGACCAGCGGGAAAAAGAGAAGCAAAAGAAAGCUCCCACAACUACCACCACCACCUGUUCAUGAUGAAGAAGACAACGACGGGAGGACUGAUACAGAAAUCGAUGGAAAACAUACUAGGAAGACUAGGAAAGGAAAGCAUAAAAUUGGAAAAGAUGUCAGUAGACAGAAAGAAGAUACAGAGACGGAGGAUGAUUAUCUACAGGCGUACCAACAUCAGAUCUCACAGGAGGAAGAGACGGCUGGAAAGAAAACGGCACGGAAGAAAGCCACGGAGAAGCUUGUAGAGAGCCAGGUGCUAAACAAUGAGCUGGAGAAGAAAAAGAAGAAGGUGAAAUCAAGUAAACAUGAUGGUGAUAGAAGUCAGACUGAAGUGUCAGUGGAUAACCAGACAGAAAAUGUCCAGGAUGAUGCUGUGGAGGAGUUCAAGGAGGACGUGGUAAAACCCAAAGUAAAGAAGAAAAAGAAACUAAAAGAAGUGAUUGUUGAGGAGGAACAGGCACAAGAGAAACAAUCCUUUGAUGACAGUCUGGUACUGGGAGUUUAUAUCCACAGGACAGACAAGCUAAAGACAGACCUGAUGGUGUCUCACCCCAUGGUUAAAGUUCAUGUAGUUGAUGAGGUCACUGGACAGUAUGUCAAGAAAGAGGACAGUCAUCGUCAUGUUUCAUCCUUCUAUGAGCAAGAAAACAUCGAGCACAUCCUGCCCAUCAUAACUCAACCAUUUGACUUCAAGAAACACAAAAAUACAGUUCCAGAAUGGGAGGAACAGAUCAUCUUCAAUGAGCGCUUCGGAUAUUUCCUACAAGACGAUGACGAGAGUCCACACGUGAUGCUGUUUUUUGAGAUUCUGGAUUUCAUCAGUAUGGAGGAAGCACGAACAAAUGUCUCUGUUGACCGACAUGAAAGGGGUUUCCGGAAGAUCGCCUGGGCUUUUUUGAAGCUUGUAGGAACCAAUGGUGUCUUGAAUGUUAACACCAAACUGCGUCUGCAGCUUUACUGCCCUCCUCCACGGGCAAAGAAACUGCCACAAACAGUUGAAGUGUUUCAGUGGUGGUCAAAGUUCCCAAGGAGCAAAUACGCCUCAACCCUAUACAUCACAGUAAAAGGCCUCAAACCACCAGAACAUGUGGACCCCAGUAUCCGCUCUAUGAUGGCUCUCCAACAGGAGCGCGGCAGCACCUCCUACAGUGAGCUCAAUACUGAAAUGACCAAUAAAACCAGCACACAGAUACUGGAGAGCAAAUCAGAAAUCAUUAAGUGGAGCCGCAUACCCGGACAGGUGUGCCGCAUCCCGAAUAAGCCAAUGCACUCUUUCCGUGGAGGUCAGAUGGGCUGUUUUACUUUGCGUUUCUCUCAUGAUGGACGUGCAUUAGCAGCUGCUUGUGCAGAUAGAGAUGCGUUCCCAAUCAUUAUAUAUGAGAUUCCGUCUGGAAAAGUUUUGGCAUCCUUUAAUGGCCAUCUGAGCGUUGUGUAUGAUCUCUGCUGGUCCAGAGAUGAUAAUGGAUUAUUAACUGCAUCCUCUGAUGGAACAGUAAGAGUGUGGAAUGUUGAACAACUGCAGAGUUUUGCUCAUAAAACUCUUCCACACCCUUCAUUCGUGUACUGCGCCCAGUUCCACCCACAAACCCAGAGUCUGGUGGUGACGGGGGGUUACGACGGGGUCCUGCGGGUCUGGAACGUGGAUAUACAAGACGUGAACGGGCAACUUCUGCAAGAGUUUGACGGACACAAGACUUUCAUCAACACAUUGUGUUUUGAUCCAGAAGGAAGCAAAAUGUUUUCUGCGGACAAUUCUGGCCUCAUUAUUGUGUGGGGAACGAAGGUUGUGCCUGGGUCUCACCGUACACUGACCAGUCAAUGGAGCAUUGAGAGGGAAAUUAAAGAGGCUGAUCUGAACGGAAUAUCCAUCAAUUCCUUAGAGGUGCAUCCAAACGGAAGACGACUUUUAAUUCAUGCCAAAGACAGUGUUUUGAGGGUCAUGGAUUUGAGAAUUCUUGCAGUGAAGAAAUACAUUGGUGCCACAAACUACAGGGAGCGAAUCAACAGCACGUACACUCCCUGUGGAAGCUUCAUCUUUUCAGGCAGUGAAGAUGGACUUGCAUACGUGUGGAACUCUGAGACAGGUGACCAGGUUGCUGUGUACUCUGAGCUGUGCUAUACAUCUGCGCUUCGAGCUGUAGCUUUCCAUCCUCAUGAGAACAUGGUGGCCUUCUGUUCCUUCGGCCAAAACCAGCCCAUCCAUCUUUAUCUGUAUGACCGGAAGGUGGCUCAGAUGGAGGUGGAGAGUUUGAGAGGUUUGAGUCAGUCAGAGAUCCUGGAGAGUAAGACGGGCAGGAAUUCAACAGAGGUCAUGACCUUCCAGAAUCCUUCUGCCACCGGCAUGGACCGAUUUGCCAGCACAGCUCGUGUGUCCCUAAAGAUGCAGCGGGUCAAACAGAAACUAGACUCUGUACUGGAGCCCCAUCGUAGUUCCCCUGGUGUGGAUAUGUAUGAACAAGGUGGCAUGUCUUAUCUGGGAAGGAGCCAAGAGGGCCUGGCCUCAUAUCUUCCACCUCCAUCUCUACUGUCUCCUCACUCCAAACUACAGAUGUCCACGUCACUCAGCGCUCAACUCAUUCCACAGGCUACACUCACCUCACACAGCAGUGGUUACAGUCCUGCUGGGCAGCCCAUUAGAAGAACUCCAUCUCUCAAACACCAAAAAAGUUUACUGGAUUAUGAAUUCUCUCAACAAGCAGAGACAGACUUUGGGCAAAUCCAUCAAACGGUUGUGUCUUUGUACGAGUACAGAGCCAAUCGAUCAGAUGAGCUGUCGAUACGACGUGGUGAUGUGAUCCAUGUGCUGUACAAAGACAACGACAGCUGGUGGUUUGGGCGACUGGUCAGUGGACAGGAGGGAUAUUUCCCAGCAUCUUAUGUGGCUGAUGAAGGAAGUUUUGAUGAGGAGCUCUCAAGAGCUUUAGAAGCACAGCCGUCACCAUUAGAUCAACCUGAAGGAGCUGAGUGUGCAACACCAGUCCAGCUGUCUGCAGCCAUUAGUGCCUCUGGAGACCUGAAGAUCAGCUCAGAGCUGGACACUGACCCUGAGGCCUCCUCCACCAAAACAAAAAAGAAGAAGAAAAAGGUGAAGCGGAGUGAAGUUCCCUCUGAUCUGCCUCAGGUCCCAUCCUCAGAUCAUGAGAUGUCUUUAGCAUCUUCCAGAAGAAGGAGACCCCUCCCCAGACUGGGCCAAGCCAACGGUGCGUUUGAAGCUGAAGGACUGAACUAAUGUGACUGAAUGUGGUUAUGAAGGAACUAAAGACAUAGAAACAAUGUGUUUCCAAAAGUGUUUCAUGUGGAUGUAUUUUUGUAGUUGGCCUUAUUUUAAAAUAUAUAUUUUGUAAUUUUGAUACUGAUAUUUGUAUUAUGUAGUUUUACAGGAUUUUUUUACUGUAUUUAUGUACAGCAUUUUGUGUUAUUUUAAGUUUGAUGUUUAAACAUGUUGUUUAAAUUACAUUUUCAGUAUAACAGCAACAACUGCAGCAGUAAUCAUAAUGACAUAUCUAAUAUAAAUAUAUAUUUUGUUCACAUAUCACAGAAGGGAAUAAACUAGGGUAUUUAUUUUGCACCAGAGUUAAUGUUUGCAGUUGAUUAAAUAUAUGUAUACAUUUCUGUAUGACAAAAUGUUCCAAUUUUUGCAAAAAACAACUUUUGCAGUGUUGGAAGGGUCAAUAUUUAUGCAACAGCUCCAAAGUACUGAAGGAUCUCAAUGCUAUUUAUGCACAUUGCAAAAAUGUAUUUUGUAAAACUGUACUGUACAUUUGUGACCCUGGACCUCAAAACUAGUCACAAGGGUCCGUUUUUUAAAAUUGAGAUUUGUAUCAUCAUUGAUAUAUGGUUUGUUAGGAUAGGACAAUAUUUGGCCGAGAUAUUUUGAAACUUUUUGAAAAUCUGGAAUCUGAGGGUGCAAAAAUUAAAAUAUUGAGAAAAUCGCCUUUAAAGUUGUCCAAAUGAAGUUCUCAGCAAUGCACAUUACUAAUCAAAAAGUAAGUUUUGAUAUAUUUACGGCAGGAAAUUUACAAAAUAUCUUAAUAUCGUUACUUAAUAUCCUAAUAAUUUUUGGCAUAAAAAGAGAAAAAAAUCGAUAAUUUUGACCCAUACAAUGUAUUGUUGUCUAUUGCUACAAAUAUACCCGUACUACUUAAGACUGGUUUUGUCGUUCAGGGUCACAUUUAUAGAAUUUGUUUCGAUCAGGAAUAUGGCAUUAUUUUGUAAAUCUGUAAAAGCAGUUAUAAUGGGGUCAGUCAUAAACUAAGGAUAG